UGCUGUGCCUUUUAGGGGCUUCCUUAAUGCUGCACAGCAGACGCCCAUUUCCCACUACGAAGCGCUUUUCUGACUGACGAGAGAGAGGAGCUUCCGCCUAUUUUGACGCGGCGCUGGCGCGGGCCAUCAACACAACCUGGCGCCCACGGUGAAGCGGGACCGAGAGAGCGUCCCUGUACCAACGCUUCGCUCUCAUUCGCCGCCCAGGAGGGCUAGCGAACCAACCCGAGUAGCUGGCCACGCUCUUGCCAGGAGGCUGCUGAGAUUAUGGCACAGACCCAAGGCUUUGGGCGAAGGUACAUGAAAGCCUUUUUGAAAGGCUUUUUUGUUGCUGUUCCUGUGACUGUGACUUUCCUUGACAGAGUGGCUUGCAUAGCAAGAGUGGAAGGAGCUUCAAUGCAGCCUUCUUUGAAUCCUGGAGGAAGACAGGAAUCUGAUGUAGUUCUUUUAAACCACUGGAGUAUUAGAAAUUAUGAAGUGCAACGUGGAGACAUAGUUUCACUGGUGUUUAAUAUUUCAUGCAGCAUGAAGAAAACAGUGACCAAAAAUAUGGUAAGAUCUGGUCAAAUGCACAGGGGACUGUUCCUUUCAGGUAACAUUACAGUGAUGGAUCUGUGGAGUAAAUUGAACCCUGUUGUUUCUUUCAGAAAAAAAGAAAGCAAAAUAAGUGAUCCCCCCUUUUAUAAAAGGGUAUAAUGCAAUAGGAUGCUUUUACUUUCCACUGGUUGUACAGAAUGAUUAUAUAGUGAAUAGAAAAGGCACUUCCAUUCAAACUCAAGUUUUAAUUUUUCAAAAAUAUAGAUGGGGCAUGGAGUGAGCAACUGUGUUUUAGGCCAGGCAUGGCCAAACUUCAUGAUAAUGCAAAGCUUUUUUAAAAAAAUUGGAAUGAUUUUUUUUUAAUUUAAAAAAAGAAUAAGUAGACACCGUUGUAAUACUGCAUGCUGACUUAUGAGAGUCACCUGGUUAUAUGUUAUAAAGGAGAAGUGUUUGAUGUGCUCAGUUAUAUAGAUCUGCAAACUUUUAGCUGUGGGCUGAUAUCAAUAUUGAGCAAUAAAUCUACUGUUGACAAAUUGCUUUCUAGGCAGACAUCUUAGACUGAUCGAAUUAAGGGCAGGAAUUGAUUUCUAAAGUUAGAAUCAAGAUGCACUGAUGUGAGAUACAGUGUGUACAAAACAAUAAAUAAAUUAUAAAGCUGGGAUUUGGAAAAAAAUAAUAAUUCCUAUUUACGCUUCAUCUUCAAAGGUGCAUAGGUCAUCUGCAGUGCAGCUUGAAUAAUGAUUAAUAGGUAGAUAUGGAGGGGAGGGAUGCAGCUGUUAAAAGUUUCAGCAUAGCAGCCAUUAUGACAUCAUUCAUUGGUUUUUUCCUAAACAGCAUCUCAUCCAAACUCCCAAACUAGUAGCCUGUGUUUUCAGGGGAAAUACUGCCCCUUUUAGCCCAGACUGAACCAUUUCUAGAAUGGCUAUUUUAUUGACUAUGAGCACCUGUCUCUUGCUUUAUCAAUGAAGGAUGUAAUUUAUACACAGUUACAUGGGAAUAAGAGUCAUUGAGCUCAAUGGGGCUUACUGAUUAUUAGACAUUUACAGUAUAGGAUUGCACUAUUGACAUGCUUCCAAGUAAACAUGCACAGCUUUGCUUUAUAAAUGUUACCACCCUACUUUGUGUAACUUCUGUUCAGGAUCUACUGACCCCUAAUGAAAUACAAUUUUAUUUGGGUGCAUUUAAACACACACACACACACACACACACACACACACACACACACACACACACCAGGCAGUACUAUUAUUGAUAUGGAAUUUCCCUCCCCCUCUCAAUUUGCAAUCGCUGCAAGCUGAAGACCAUUUCCUGUUUGGUAACCAAAAUCAAAUUAGAGGAUAGGAAAAUAGUUUCAAUGAGAGAUAUGGUUACAUGCCCAGUACAUUAUGUUAUGUAGACAAACAAAGUACAAUUUAGACUGAAUUAUAGGAAGGUUGCUCACUUAGUUCUAUAUUGAUUUUAUUUAAUUUUUGCUAAGGAGAAAAAGCAUUUACAAAGGUAUUACUUUACUACCCUUUCAGGCAAUUGAAAGGGCAACAAUCUGUAUUCAUAAAGGGAUGAUGUGCAUCAGAGUGAACCCAAAAAAAAAUCCAGAGUGAAUUUAAACAGUAGCUAGCCACAAAUGAUGAUUUCUCCCCAAAUGUGUGCCACUUUGUUCUGUAAGUUUGUUCUGCGUCUCAGAACUCAUGUACAGAUUAAAUAAUAAAUGUAGUGAUGAGCAGGAUUAUCUUCAGUUUGGGACACUGCAAACUGGUGUGUUUCCCAGGGGCAGCCCCACCAUUUAGUGUAAGGUGGUUGAUAUUGGGUGUCAUAUUGUAUUUUUAUUGCUGGGGAGGAGCUUCUGGUAUUUUUUCCUUCAGGGGCCAAAAUAACUUGACCAGCCUUGGAUCCUGUGUGGGGAAGAAGUGGGGCAAGGAUGACAAUGUUCUUCCCUGCCUCAGGCAGCAAAAUAGCUUGAGCCAGUCCAGAUGUUGUCCUAAGGGAAGGUUUAGUCCCUUAGUUUAAAAUGUUUAGUUUAAUGCACUUAGUUUGCAAAGUAAUAUACUUUAAUACACUUUAUGAAAAGCAGCAAAUACAAUAUAGUGCUUGAUGCACUAUUGGCUGUGAUUCUAUAAUUUUCUUCAGGUUUUGUUCUAAUUCACUAGUCCCCAUUUCAUUACAUCUCACAUACUCAACAAUAAAUUUUAACAUAAGUGAAAUUGAGCAUUUUAAUGUUCUUGAUGUUGGCAUUGCCCAGACACUUCUUAUAAUUGAAGUAAGAGCUGAUCUUAGGAUAAAACAAAGGUUUGGGUCAUAAUUUCACCCAAAGAGCUAGCUUCACACAUAAAGGUAAAGGGGCCCCUGACCAUCAAGGUCCAGUUGUGUCCGACUCUGGGGUUGCGGCGCUCAUCUCGCUCUAUAGGCCGAGGGAGCCGGCAUUUGUCUGCAAACAGCUUCCGGGUCAUGUGGCCAGCAUGACAAAGCUGCUUCUGGCAAACCAGAGCAGCACACGGAAACGCCGUUUACCUUCCCGCCGGAGCGGUCCCUAUUUAUCUACUUGCACUUUGAUGUGCUUUCGAACUGCUAGGUGGGCAGGAGCUGGGACCGAGCAACGGGAGCUCACCCCGUUGCAGGGAUUCGAACCGCCGACCUUCUGAUCAGCAAGCCCUAGACUCUGUGGUUUAACCCACAGCGCCACCUGGGUCCCUUCACACAUAGCAGUAAGCAAAGCUAUGUGUGGGUUCACUGAGCAAAGCUGCUGCAUUGCUGUGACCAUGGUGUGUCACUCCUGCAAAGGUUUAUUAUUGGGUUUACAGUUUGUGGUUUGUCUUGAGGUGACAAUCCAUGAGCCCACGUCCUGAUGGUAUGUUAUGCCAAACCAUGGUGUAGUCCAUGGUCAUGUGGCAGCAGGUGGACCAGGGGAGGAGCGCAACAGCCACAGUCUCCAUAGUGUGCAAGCUAGUGCAGUGUUUUGUUCACAAGCGUGUGAUAAUCUUUGUUGAAAAUGCAGUAGUUUCUACUUGUCAAACACCACAGAUACUUGAUAGCUGUUCUGGAAUUACAAAUUGGGUUUUUAUAGGCUCCUAAUGCUCAUUUGUGAAUGUGUUUCUCCGUCUUGCCCUACAAAUAUCCAGUGUGCAUAGAACAAUGCAAAUGAUGUUUUCCAUAGGCUUGGGAUCAUGAGGUUCACAGACAGGUUGGAGAUACCAGCACUGAAUUGUAGGCGUGGAGUUCCUGCUGCUGGAAGGUGAAGUGCUGAAUGUUUAUUCCCUCUGUAUUGUGAUUUAAUUUCUUAUUUCAAACAAUUCAAAUGCCACUAUAGCUGUAUGUGGAGUAUGUGGCACAUAACCAUGUGAAAUUUUUGCCUGGUGUAUUUGGCAUUUCACUGUCCUUUUUUAGCACCUGAGUGACAAUACUGGUAUUUGUUUUCCUAGUUGGGACAUUAGUCUUUGUACAGUAUCUUUCACUGAGUUCUGUACCUGACAUUUCCCGAAUGUCAUUAGACUUGGUGGAAUGUUUAAACCAGAG